CGCCCCGCCGCCACGCGCCCCCGCCCCCCGCACCCAUCUUCUCCAAGCUCCGGUCGCCGUCGCGCCCCCAUCUCUCCCUGCUCCACACCACCACGCCAUCUCCUCCUGGUGGGGCUCCGUCAUCGGAGCGUCCUGGCCGUUCGGCGCCACCACCCCAGGCCGUUCGACUCCUUCACCGCAGGCCGUUCAUCGCUGCAGCAUCCUCGAUUCCGACGGGGGUUAGGCGCAACGAUGAUGGCGACUCGCUCCUGAACGCGACGGCGACGUUGACCGGAAGUGGGGAUUCGUGAGCUGAUAGCGACGGCGACAAGCUCUUCCUCCUCUAGCGGCCUCCUCUGCUCCACCAAGGAGACCGUCAGCAUGCGUUGCCGCACUCGUGGGCUGGAUCCGAUCCUAGAGUUUAGUUCAUCUACACGCCUGAUCUGCAGUUCAGGCCUUGAUGAUACGCUGUACCCGGUGAAGAACAUCAUGUCAGGGUUCAGACUGAUGGAGAGUGAGAGGUGCGAGAUGGCGGCCGCUGACGUCUGCACCUUGGGCUCCCGUAUGCGUCCCCUACCCCAGCAGGAAAAUAUGGUGGCCUUCAGCAAGUAAUCUUUCUCUAACGGGCAUCCUAUGCCUGCGCCACCGAGAGCCUGAUCCUACUUGCUGCGUGCUCACGGCGACCACAAGCAUCGUAAGAAAAAGGCUCGUUGAGCUGCACUUGUUUGUUCUGUCGCUCUUCCCCUGCUCCUCAAGCGCCACUGCUGUCUCGUGCUGACCUCGAUGCGCCGACCGUCGUCCAGGCUGCUGCUGGUUGGUGCUGCAUAAACAAAUAGAGUUAAAGAACAUAGAUGAGAGGAAUUCAGUUCAGGAAGAUUAAAGGGUAAUGUUUAGAGAUGAGGCUGAGGGAUCUGGUUCAACUCCCAUCACCCUUGUUUGGUUUUAUAUGAACCUGUAUCUAUAUUUAUGUUUCCGGUUAGAGAUGAGGCUGAGGGAUCCCUCAACCUCUACACAUCUUCACGAAAAAAGUUGGAACUUGCAUCUAUAUUUAUGUUUCCAGUUACCUUCGGUUAAUUGUACUGAACUUGGCUAAUUGUAGCUUACUAGUACUAAACUUUUGUGCCUGUGCUACCUUUUGUAAAGUUCAUCUUGUCUAGUAUAUAUUACUGCUGUCGUUGAUUGCAGAUUUUGUUUUUGGGAA